AGUUACACUUCGAGAGAGUGAGCGGAGCGCUCUGUCAGUGUUCAGUCUGUGCCUUCUUUGUGUUUGUGGUAGGUGUUGUCUGAGCACGCACCGCCUUGCACACCCUGGGACUUUCAAGCCAAGUAAUUUAUGUUUUCCACGACGCUGCAGAACUGUUGAACCAUGUCUGUAGGACUGGAGCCCGGUUUCUCCAACGACGAGGUGCUGAGCCUGCGUUACCCGCUUCAUCGCGCGUGCAGGGAUGGAGACGUCGGCGCGCUUUGCUCGCUGCUCCAGCGCUCCUCUAACCGGGCAGACCUGGCUGCCGAGGACUCGUUUUACGGCUGGACCCCUAUUCACUGGGCAGCACACUUCGGGAAGCUGGAGUGUGUUAUGAGGCUGGUGCAGGUGGGAUGUGAAGUGAAUGCAUUGACCACACGGUUUGCCCAGACCCCGGCUCACAUUGCUGCAUUUGGAGGACAUCCAGAAUGCCUGCUGUGGCUCUUACAUACAGGGGCUGAAAUAAACAGACAGGAUUAUGUGGGUGAAGCACCCAUUCACAAAGCAGCACGGGCCGGUAACGUGGAGUGCAUUAAUGUCUUGUUAAUCCAGGGAGCCAAACCGGACUUGAGGAAUGCAAAUGGUUUGACUGCAGCAGAUCUGGCCCAUGCUCAAGGCUUCCAUGAUUGCGCUCAGCUCCUCUCUAAUGCACACAACCAGCUAAAUCAGAUAAAUGGAUUUGCCCAUAACGGGACCGACCACACGCACAUCCAGGGCGGCAGACUUCUGAAUGGGAUGGCCAGUAGAAAAAGAUUACUUGAUUGCACAGAGCCAAACCAAAUGAAAAAAGCAAGAACUGAGAGCAUGAAUUUUUCAGUGAAGGCAAACAAUGGAAUUGGAGAGGAGCUUGAGAGUAUGAAUGUGGAAUCAACUGCUGAAAACCAAUCAGAUGAAGCCAUAGCCACAGGUUUGAGGAAUGGUCAUGGGCAGCAGAACAGUUUCACUGUCAACAGCUUCGCCUCAAAUGGGCAGUGCUAUCAGUCCCGAUUCGAUGGGGUUGAGGCCAUUCCAGCUGAGACAAGAAUGGACAUGUGCGGCUCACUACACCUCAGUGGCAGCCCAAGCAGCUGUGUAUCUCCCCGGCCUGCAUGGGGUGCCUUCUUGCCUGACUCUGGUGAGCAUCUGCACUAUGGACACUACCAUGGCUUCGGAGAUACAGCAGAGGACCUGGAAGAAGCUAGUAGCUGUCAUGAGCCCAGUACGAUUGUGAAGGUAGAGCAGCACUAUGACCAAGAGGUUCUCAGUUCUGUGCAGCUGUUCCAUGAAUCAUAAAGUGAAAAUGAGUUCUGUCCAUUUGAUUACAAGUGGUCACAUUGAUGGCAGCACUAUCCGCCUUAAACUGAGGGGUUAUCUUGCACCUUAACGCUGGCUGUUUUAGAUUUUGGGAAUUUGUUUUUGAUAAAAAAGGACAAUCUUUCUACCAAAGGGGGGAAAAUUGUAUUGCAUUUUGUAUCUGAGCUAAUGACUUUAUUUUAUUAUACGUAUGAGUUUGAACUCAGCUUAGUUAUCUGGGUGCAUUUAUUUUUCCCCUUUAAUGCAAUGUUUAGAACGUUAAGUUGUACAAGGAGUUGAUUUUUAUGUGAAUUAAUUGUGAGUUUGUAGUUUUGUGCCAAUGAACGCUAGCUUUUUGAAAAAGGAGACUUUUGUAUGAUUUUGUUGUAUUGUUUUUUUUCCCUGAGAAUCAAAGCUGACAUGAUGACUGUAAAAGUGUUUUUUUUUUUUUUUUUUUACUUAAGAAAGCUUAAGAUGUAUAACAUUCCUUCAUCUUUGUACCCAGUGUUCUAAUAAAA